UCCCACUACUGGAAUGCCGUCCAUGGUCGUCAUACCAUCAAAUGGCUAUACGAGGCGGCGCGUCCUCGUCGAUCGCGUUCACUCGAUAGUCUCAAAUCGUGUGGAAAAGGAUGAUGAACAAUACCUAGUCCGGUGGAACACCAAUAAUGCAUUGGAUCAAGCGCCGCUGAGCUGGCAUUCGAUCAAAGAACUCUUACGAUGUCUCGAGCACGUGCAAGAUUACCUCGAAGUGAGAGAGAAGUCUAUGGUAUCACUUGAACAAGUGCAACCUACAACAAAAAAGCGCAAAACACCAGACAGUGGCCUGGAGGAUGAACGCCGCUCUUCACCGUUUGAUCCUCACCUUUACCAUGCAAACCAUGGAGGCCAGACGCCGUCUUUCUCUCAGUCUCCGACAGCAACACCUCCACCUUCAUCUCCACCCGAUGUAUACAACGGCGUCAUAGAUGCCGACGAGCAUGGGUACAUCUUCUGCCAUACGUCCACAGGACCAGACGUACCAAAGAUCCCUAUCCACAGCGUCCCAACACCAGAAAUGAAGCAGACCGCACAAAGAUCUAGUGUCGACAAAGCACUAGCCUACAUCCGCAACGAGUACAUCCGCCGACUAUCCAAAGUCACAGGCAAAGACAGCAAGCCCAUUAAACUAGUCAAUCUCGUAGACUCCUCCACCCCCUCCCUCCGCUUUCGCUACAUAUCCGACUACAUCCUCCAACCGGGCGUCAUCCGCGCACCCCCCGAGACCCAAACAGGCUGCCAGUCAUGCUCCCCACACAUGGGCCGGGACAUCGGCUGCGAAUACACGAAAAAAUGCGAUUGUCUUGAGUACGCCGCCGUCGACGAAUCGCGGCUCGACUCCACCCAGCAACUACAGUACCAACAUGCGCUUGAGAACGGUCUCUCCACCAUGGGCUUCCCCAAAAAAUUCCCAUACUACGCCGCAGGCACAAAGCGCGAGCGCACGGGGUGCCUCGUCCCCUUCUACCUCAAGUCGCGCAGCCCCAUCUACGAAUGCAACGACAAGUGCAACUGCGGGCGCCACUGUCGCAACAAAAACGUGCAGUUUGGGCGGCAGGUUGAAGUCGAAAUCUUCCGUGCUGCCGACGGCCGCGGUUGGGGUCUGCGGUGUACGGAGGACCUGUACGAGGGCCAGUUCAUCGAUACGUACCGUGGCGAGAUUAUUACCGAUGCCGAAGCUGAACGCCGAGAAAAUGCUUCUUCGUCGAAAGCUAAGGCUUCGUACCUUUAUUCCCUCGAUAAAUUCAAGGAGUCGGAGGGGCUCGAGGACAAGGAUUUGUAUGUUGUGGACGGAGAAUUCAUGGGGGGCCCGACCAAGUUUAUUAAUCAUUCUUGCGAUCCCAAUUGUCGGCAGUAUACGGUUAGUUAUAAUCGGCAUGAUGCCAGGGUUUACGAUAUUGCAUUCUUUGCGUGUAGGUUUAUUCCGAGGGGGGAGGAACUCACGUUUGAUUAUCUGGAUAAGGAUGAGGGGGAGGAGGACGAGAUGGAUGAGCCGGGGGAGGGCGCGAUUCCGUGUCUUUGUGGGACGAAGAAGUGUAGGAAGUGGUUGUGGACGUGAGGUUACGAUGGGUUGAAGCUUCUUUUGUAAAGGACUUGCGGGUCGGGUCAGGCGCAGAUGUUAGAGGGGAAGGAGUGAAGGAAUGCGGCAUGAUGAACUUUGGGACAUGCUUGUGAGUGAGCCAAAAGGGGCAAUCCUAUUUCAUACAUGUACUUUUGAGUGUAUUUCUCUUUUUUGAAGAAUGUUUCUAUACCAAAGCGAUUGGCUUUCCAUUAGAUUCUCGC